AUGGCGAUGAUGAUGACUGGCCGUGUGCUGCUGGUGUGUGCCCUCUGCGUGCUGUGGUGCGGUGCUGCGGUGGCGGUGCCGGCAGCCGAUGUAUCUGUCGGUGGCGAUGGCAGUGCGGGUGAGUAUUUGCUGUUGCAGUGGCGUACGCGGCUGCGGACGGAAUGCGCGGAGAAGGUUGGGAGGAGGACAGGAGGCCGUGCGAAUGCGUCCGCCGUCGAGGAAUGCGUGCGUCGGGUGAUGGAGAGUUUGCAUGCUGUUGUGGAUGGCCGCAGCCGUUGGAAGCGUCAACUUUCCGCCGUUGCUGCUGCCGCUGCUGCUGCUCCUGUUUCUCCUCCUGCUGCUCCUGCUGAAGGUGGUGGAAAAGAGAAUCCCAACACGGGCAAAGGUGACAAGAAAAAGAUUAACGUGCUUCUGCCACUCGAAAAAAAAAAUGAAACACUGGCGACUUCAGGAAAAGCAUCUACGGAUAAACCAACAGCAGUGGCAAGUGAACAGACGUCACUGAAUCCUGCACCUGCUAUUGUGCCGCCUACAAGAGAAACUUCGGAUCAAGGAAAACACAAUGGUGAAAAGAGGAAGGAAGAAGAAGAAGAAGAAGAGGAAAAAGAUGGGGAAAGUGAAAAUGAAGAAGAGGAUGCAGAAGACACAGAGGAGGAGGAAGAAGAAAAGGAGGAGGUAGAUGGAGAAGGAGACAAAGAAGAGAAAGAAGGAGAUGAGGGUGGGGAGAAAGAUGACACGGAUGGGGUGGAAGAAGAAGAAAAAGAAGACACGGAAGAAGAGGAUGAAGACGAGGCAGAAGAGGUAGAAGAAGAGGAGGAAGGUGGGGAGAAAGAUGACAGCGAAGAGGAAGAAGAAAAUCACAAGGAAGAAGAUGAACAAGAGGAUGCAGAAGAGGGAGAGAAGGCAGAGGAAAGGGAAGAGGAUGAGAAAAAGAACAAGAAAAAUAAUGAAGACCGGGAAGAAGAGGAUGAAGAGGAGAAGGAGGAAAGGGAAGAGGAUAAAGAAGAAGAAAGUGAGAAAAACACCAAGAAAGAAGAAGAUGAAGAGGAUGAAGAAAAGGUUGAUGACGACGCCUUGGAGGGGAUGCCGGCUGGCGGUCAAGAGAAAAGAAAUUCAACUUCAGGUCCGGAAGGAGCACCGAAUAAGACGAAAACCGAAGGCACUCAAACGCCUGGCGACAGUGACGGCAGCCCCGCGGCCUUCCACACCACCUCCCCUCUUUUGCUUCUUGUUGUUGCGUGUGCGGCUGCGGCUGCUGCUGCGGUGGUGGCUGCGUGA